AUGGGAAAGAAGAAGCAGGUUCGAAAGUUUGGCGAGGUGAAGCGCAUGCUCAACCCGAACGAUGACCGACUCAAAGCCAAGCAGAAGGUGGCAGAUGCAGCCAAGAAGGCCGCUUCGUCAGGCAAAAUCGUCAACGAGAAUGGUCAACAGAUCACACCCGAUGGCACACUUGUUCGACGAAUUGAUACGCCGGCAUCAUCAAUGUUCUUCGAGCACAAUACGCAGCUGGGUCCGCCGUACCGCGUGUUGGUCGAUACCAACUUUAUCAACUUUGCCCUGCAGAACAAGAUCGAACUGGUGCAGGGGAUGAUGGACUGUCUGUACGCAAAGAGCAUCCCAUGCAUUACGACGUGCGUCAUCUCGGAGCUCGAAAAGCUAGGCCCCAAGUACCGCAUCGCCCUUAGGGUCGCAAGAGAUCCGAGGUUCGAGAGGCUGGAAUGCAGUCACAAGGGAACCUAUGCGGAUGACUGCAUCAUCGAACGUAUCCAGUCUCACAAGUGCUACAUCGUCGCAACGUGCGAUCGAGAACUCAGAAGGAGGGUUAGAAAGGUCCCAGGUAUCCCGCUCAUGUACAUCGCAUCCAGACAGUUCCGCAUCGAACGUCUACCCGACCAAGGAGCCGCCUCCUAG